UUUCGUUUUUCUCUUUUCCAGGAAUAUACUGGUCCCGGCGAAGAACAUGUGGAAAAACCCUCUAAAGAUGAAAUUAAAGUCGCCAAAUGGAUGAAGAAAAAUAUCAAGACAAAGAAAACGAAAUUUUUAAGUCACAAUGUUGAAUAUUUCACCUCAAACAAAGCCAUCGAUGGCCUUAUGAAAUCGAAAUUUGCCGAAGGUGAUGGAGCGCUUUUUACCACGCGAGAACAGGCUGUAGAUUUUUUGGAUCUCAUGUUGGAGCAUAAGUUUUUCCAUCGUGCCAAAAAGGUACCAAUUAGUAUAGAUGAUAUGCGUGGUGUUAAAACGAGUAAAAAAGAAGAGAAAAAAGAUGAGACAAAGGAUAAGCAGACAAAGAAGGAAAAGGAUGAACGUAAAGAUACAGAAGCCGAAGCUGAAGCUAGUGGUAAUAAUGGUGUAAGUGAUGAGGCGGGUGGUUCCUCUGCCACGGGCGAGAAAAAAGAGAAAAAGAAACGUAAAAUCCGUUUAGAUAUGCAUCCCGAACAGGUGUUUGUUGAUGGCUCUGAGGCCUAUGUUUGGAUUUAUGAUCCCAUACCUAUACACUAUUGGAUUUAUGGUUUAAUACUUUUACUGGGAGCCAUUGGUAUUUGUAUGUUCCCGCUGUGGCCACCCAUGUUGCGUAAGGGUGUCUAUUAUCUGUCUUUGGUGGCCGCUGGCUUUUUGGUAUUCAUUUUGGCUUUGACUGUGGUACGUUUGAUAAUAUUCACCAUUGUGUGGGCGGUGACGGGAGGUAAAUUACACUUCUGGAUUUUCCCCAAUUUAACAGAAGAUGUGGGCUUCUUUGCCUCUUUCUGGCCUUUAUAUGAGAGCAAAUAUGUUUCCGAUGAGAAUACUUUGUCUAAAUCGAAAAAAUCCAAAUCAAAAUCUAAGAAAAAAGAAAAAGACAGUGAUGUCGAAGACAAUGAUGAGGCACCCGACGCUGUUCCAUUGGAACCGGAAAAAAUUGAAGAAAUUAAAGAACAUGAUGCCGAUAUGGAAUUAAGAUUACGCAGCAAUGCUGGCAAAGCUGAUACAGAGGAUGAGUCUCACAGUGGCAGUAGUAGUGCAAAUGAAGCGCCUCCAGAAUCUGAUGCUAAAUGGUGAGCUUUUGUUUUAAGUUAACACGAUUUUAUUUAAUUUUUUUUAAUUCGAAUAAUAAUAAGUUCCUUAAUUUUUUAAAAAAUUUCAAAAAAUGUAAAUUUUUUUCUAUUUCAAUUGUAUUUAUUUAACUUUAAUUUAAAUUUUCAUUUGCAUGUAAUUAUUUUAUGCUUUUUUGUUGUUUUCGAAAUAUUAUACUUUAUACUAAUACAAUAUUAUUUUUAAUUUUAAUAAACUUAUCUAAUAAAAAGUCUCCUCGGGCGAGACAUUA